CCCAACCCCUGGCUCGUUCGUCUGCCUACUCUCUCCUUUUUUUUUUCUUUUGAAGUUCGAAGACCGUGGUGUGAUGGUUGGGCGAUUAGGCUCAGAUCUCUUGUUGCGGCGGACAAAUCGGGUUGACCUGAGCCGGAUCUAGAAGUUCCAUGGGUUGAAUUUCGUAGGGCGAAGCUAGGGUUUGGUCGCGGCCCAGGUGGUUAUCUGCUGGUUAGGGUUUCGUUGCGGUACAGAUCUGUCUCGUUUUCGAUAAUUCUUGUGGGUACCGGUGCGAAGUUUUGCGACCACACGUUGUGAGAUGCACUGGUACUGGAAAUCGGAAUUGGAUGCGGCUGGAGUUGGGGUGAAUUGUGGUUUAUAAUAAGCAAAAGAAAAGGGAAGGGCCUUCUCUGGACUUGGAAUUUGGACGACAAGAUGCACUUCCUUGCAUCAUUUCACGUCCCAACAGGUUUAGUGUUAUCUGAUUUUUUGGGAUGGACGCAAAGAAGUUCCUGCAGCUGGUUGAAGAGAAGAAAAAGAGGAUCAUGGAGAAGAAAGAAGCCCCAUUGAAAUGGGAGCAGAAGCUUGAAGCAGCAGCUAAGGCAGAGGCUGAUGCAGAAGCCAAGGCGAAGAAGUUUAAGUCAAGAAAGCAGAGGAAGAGAGGAGAUUCUUCCUCAGACUCUGAUAGUGAUGUUGAUCGGAAACUCAGGAAGAGGAAGGACCGCAGAAGGCACAAGAAACAUGGUCACUCUGAUUCUGAUGAUGCAAGAAGGCGCAAGCGAAGGUCCAAAAGGAGGAGCUUAGACUCAAGUGAUGAGAGCGACAGUGAAUACGAGAGUGGGUCUGAAGAUGAACGUAGAAGGAAGAAGCACUCACAUAGAAGAAGGCACCAUAGACAUUCAUCAAGGUCAGAUUCUGAAGACUAUAGCAGUGAUGAGGAAGAGCGGAGGUCGACCAAGAAGGACAACUCUAGACGCCACAGACACCGUCAUCAAUCAUCAGAUGAUGACUCUGAUUCUGAGGGCAAGGUCAGGUCGAGACACAGGAAGCGUCUGAGAUCUAGUGAUGAAGACGCACCAUCAGAUUCCAACCAUAAGCGCCACAGGAGCCGCUCCUUGGAUGAGUCACCCAAUGACAGAGCUGCUGAUGGAUCAGAGAAGAUGGGAAAUGGCAAAAGGUCUCACAAGAAUGGACACCACCACAACCGGCACCACCGGCACCACCAUCAUGAACGCCGUAGUAGUUCUGCAGAACCAGACAAGAGGCUACAACUGAAAGACGACCAGAAAGCCCUUGAAGGUGAUAGUGCAGACUGAAGAUCCUCCAGAGGCCGGGAAGAUUGAAUUUUCAUGAGUGAUCCUGUUAACACAACUCAACUUUGUUGUAUUGAUAACAUUUGUUUGUUUUGGCAAUUAAACCUUAGAAGAUACUUUUAUCAUUUCAUUUUACGAGCUAUGUUGCUCUGAUGGUUUGGUUGCACUAGAUGUUAAUAAUGACUGCAUGAUUAUCAACAUUUUAUGAGCUUCUGGCUGGUUGCCCGGCUCAUAAAAGAGUCUGAACGGAGAAAUGCAUCGCACUUUU